AUGGGCGGGGGCGCAGGAAACGCCGGCGCCAAUGCCAAGACAUACACGUACUGCAACGUGACGGUGUCUUACGCGCAUACGGGCAAGGCGGAUAAGGUCUCGCUCAAGUACGCCUUCCCCGGCCCCGACGAUUUCGAGAACCGGCAAGGCCCUCGCCCGGGCCUCUACGACUUGGGCGCGGAUGCCAAGGUGUACACCUACUUCGAAGGCUGCUCCGACGGGGGCCGGCAAGCCAUGAGCCAAGUCCAGCGGUUCGGCGAAGAGUACGACGGUGUGGUCGCCGGCGCGCCCGCAUAUCGGUUCGCCCAGCAGCAGGUGCUGCACCUACACCCCAACGUCGUCGAGGUGACGCUCGGCUACUACCCGCCGCCGUGCGAGCUAGCCAAGAUCGUCAACGCCACCAUCGAGGCGUGCGACCCUCUCGACGGGCGCACCGACGGUGUGGUCUCCCGGUCGGACCUGUGCAAGCUCAACUUUAACCUCACGUCCGUCAUCGGCGAGCCCUACUACUGCGCCGAGCGGAACAGCACCUCGCGCGGUUUCGGAUUCGACAAGCGCCAGAUGCCCGGCGCGAGCACAUCCUACCAGCCCGCGCAAGAGGGCACCGUGUCUGCCGAGGCCGUCGCGGUGGCGCAGGCCAUACUCGACGGGCCCGUCAACUCCGAGGGCGAGCAGGUCUACCUGUCUUGGCAGAUUGCGUCCGACUUCGCCGACGCCGCGACCAAGUACAAUACUGAGACGGGUGAGUGGGAGCUGAGCAUCGUGUCUAUGGGCGGCGAGUACGUGGCGCGCUUCAUCCAGCUCUUGCAGCUUGACAACCUGGCCAACCUCGACAACGUCACCGCCGACACGCUGGCGGAGUGGAUGCAGAUUGGCAUGGUACGCUACGGCGACACGCUGCAGACGACGAUCCCCGACUUGACGCCCUUCCAGUCGUCCGGGGGCAAACUUCUCCACUACCACGGAGAGUCCGACUCCUCGAUCCCGGCGGGCUCGUCGGUGCACUACUGGCAGUCGGUGCGGUCCAUCAUGUACGCGGAUGCGUCCGAUGAGGAGGCGCUCGCCGCCCUCCAGGAUUGGUACCAGUUCUACCUCGUCCCCGGGGCGGGCCAUUGCGGGACCAACAGCCUGCAGCCGGGGCCGUUCCCGAAGAACAACAUGAACAUCAUGAUUGACUGGGUGGAAAACGGCAACGCGCCUGAACGCCUGAACGCGACCGUGGCGUCUGGCCCCAACGCCGGGGAGACGCAGAUGCUGUGCCAGUGGCCUAGCAGACCACUUUGGCGGGGAACGGUACUGAUUUCGACUGUGUGGAGGAUGCCGAGCCCGUACCACCUCAACGGCUAG